AUGUUUCAUCGACAUAUUCUCAUGGCUGAGCAUGGAGCAAAGAUCCACCGGACCAUUGCUGGUCUGCAAGACGUGGAUGGACGUGUGCAAAAGACCCGUCGUUCAGCUUGGUCUUCGAUCUGGAAGAUAAAUUUCCGUCUCUCCCUAAUUCGAACAGCUGGUUGUGGGGUCCAGAAUUCGAGGAUGAUAUCGACUCUCUCCUCUGCUCCGUUGACGUUGGGAGCGAAUAGCUCUGAGGGAGAUUCGAGGUUGGAACUGUACGGAUCGGUCGAUCUCAUAUGUUGCUGA